UCUCCCGUUCCGAUCGCCAAUUCGUCUUCCACCGCCUGCAACCCUUCUUCCCUUCUCCGUCAUCGUGACGGCAUCACGCGCGCGCUCUCCUCUCCCACGAGUCCGUCAGCCUGCUAAGUCUUAAGAUGGCGUCAAGCAAUGGUCAGACAGAAGCUCCAGCACCAUCUGUCCCCAAAAAUCCCGCUAUGGCAUCAUGCCGGAAGAAGAAAACAGAUGAUGCUACCUUCCUUGAAGAUCUGAAAGACCACAUGGAUGAGUUCAUUCAUGCCUCUAUGGAUGAGCACAAGACCUGCUUUAAGAAGACAAUUCAGAAGAUGUUUGGGAUGUCGAAGGCUGUUGCAGAGAGAUCCGCGGAAGCAAACAAAGCUGAAGUUGAAAGUGCUUUGCCACUUCAGACCAGUGUCUCGCAGUAGAAUUUCAUGUUGGUAGUUUCUUGCUCGUGCCAAUAGUUUUAUAAGGGUUUUUGUUGCUGUGUUUUCUGAAACGCAUAAGCGUGUCAGUAGCAUGUUUUCAUAACCGGAUUGUAGUGCUUCAUUAUCUAUAGUUUUCUGUACGUGUAAAAUAGACCAGCGUAACAGCGUAGUUUGCUUCAUUCUCCGAAGUCUUGUAUGGCUGUACACCCAGGCAUCUGGGCAUCAUGAACCCAACUGAUUGGCUAAAUGAAAUAAAUCUCCUCCAUCCAACAGCAA